CCAAAUCCAGCUGUGAGUUGGUGUGGAUGAGCGGUUUCGUGCUGUAGAGCGUCUUUUGCCGACUGGAAGUGGGAGACAGAUUUUUUUUUAAACGGACAGCACUUCUGCGUGGAAACAACCCACUCGCUUCUCUCCGUGCUGAGACUUUGUCAUGUGUAGCCUAGAGAAAACGAUACCUGCACGCUGAGAGAGAGAAAAAAGACAUAAUUAGAAAUGUGGCUAACUGUCAGUGUAGUGGAUAGUUUGGUGUGGUAGAGCAGCGAUGUUUUAGCAGAACAAAACUACUUAGUUGCCCUCAUACUGUGUCCUCCAGUUUCGGGGGAGUUGCUCUCGCCUGGUCCACGCUCAUCGACAGGAAAGCUGAGGGAAGCCCAUCAUCUUUAAGGCAUCGUGUGCAGGCACGGCUGAACUGAGCUGAGCUGAGCUGAGCUGCGCUGCGCUGGGGCUGCCAUGCCCGUCAGGCUGAUCAUACUGUAAACUCAGCCUAGAGCUUCACUUUCUCGCUGAGCAGAACCUGGGCUACUUUUCCUGCCUCCACAAAUGAUCAUGCGAUGAGUGAGUUCCGUUUGGGCUUAUUAGCAGAAGCAAUUACAGGAGGUGAAUGAUGGCUGAGGAUGGAGGAAAUAUUUGUGAGGACCACAGAGGCAGGGAAGCAGAGGGCAGGUCCUCUCUUCCUCGGACUUUUAUCCGACUCAACGACCUGUCCGGCGGCGGGGAGCGCAACGACGAUGAGGCCGACGAAGGAGCAGAGAGGAGGGAGAGUGCAGCCGGCACGGUGGCGGAGGAGGCGGCGUCAGCCAGCGGCGGAGAGGCUUUACCCUACCCAUCACUGGCACCGGUUGUGUUUUUCUAUCUGAAGCAAACCACACGUCCGAGGAGUUGGUGUCUGAAAAUGGUCUGCAAUCCAUGGUUUGAGCGGGCCAGUAUGCUCGUGAUCCUGCUGAACUGUGUGACGCUGGGCAUGUUCCAUCCGUGUGAGGACAGCGACUGUGACUCCGAGCGCUGCAAGAUCCUGGAGGACUUUGAUGACUUCAUCUUUGCUUUUUUUGCUGUGGAGAUGGUGAUCAAGAUGGUGGCGCUGGGCAUCUUUGGCAAGAAGUGUUACCUUGGAGACACCUGGAACCGGCUAGACUUCUUCAUUGUGUUGGCUGGGAUGCUGGAAUACUCUCUCAACCUGCAGAAUGUCAGUUUUUCUGCUGUUCGUACUGUCCGAGUGCUGAGGCCUCUCCGAGCUAUCAACCGAGUGCCCAGUAUGCGAAUCUUGGUCACUCUCCUGCUGGACACUCUCCCCAUGCUGGGCAAUGUGUUGCUGCUCUGCUUCUUUGUCUUCUUCAUCUUUGGGAUUGUGGGCGUCCAGCUGUGGGCAGGACUUCUCCGAAACCGCUGCUUCCUGCCCGAGAACUUCUCCCUUCCCCAAAAUCUAGACCUGCACAACUACUACCACACCGAGAACGAUGACGAAAACCCGUUCAUCUGCUCUCAGCCACGAGAAAAUGGAAUGCGCCAGUGCAGCUCCAUCCCCACACUGCACGAGGAGGGCCUGCAGUGUGGCCUGGACAUAGCAGCCUACAACAGCACAGACAACACCACCUGUGUGAACUGGAACCAGUACUACACCAACUGUUCUGCUGGAGAUGUCAACCCCUUCAAGGGAGCAAUCAACUUUGAUAACAUUGGCUAUGCCUGGAUCGCCAUCUUCCAGGUCAUCACUCUGGAGGGCUGGGUGGACAUCAUGUACUUCGUGAUGGAUGCGCAUUCGUUUUACAACUUCAUCUACUUCAUCCUCCUGAUCAUAGUGGGCUCCUUCUUCAUGAUCAACCUGUGUCUGGUUGUCAUAGCUACUCAGUUCUCAGAGACGAAGCAACGCGAGAGUCAGCUGAUGAAGGAGCAGAGGGUGCGCUUCAUGUCCAAUGCCAGCACACUGGCCAGCUUCUCUGAGCCAGGCAGCUGCUAUGAUGAACUCCUGAAAUAUUUGGUCUACAUUGUGCGGAAGGCUGUCAGGCAGCUGGGUCACCUAACACGGGUGGCUGCACGCCGGGCGGGGCUAAGGGUACUCGCCUCCCCUGCCUUGGAGCCUCAGCACACCAAGAGACGGAGGCAGAAGCAACGUCAGGGGUCCAUCCACCACUUGGUGCACCACCACCAUCACCACCACCACCACCACUACCACCUUGGCAAUGGAAGCGUCCGCAAUGAGAGGACCAGAGAAAUAGAAACAGGUAAUGGUGCAGGCGCUGGCUCGGGACGCCUCACUCUGCCCUCCAUCACCCCCCUGCAGGACCCUUCCUUUACAUCCUGCUCUGCUGUGCUGGGCCCUAGUAGUGCAGAAUCAGUACAUAGUGUCUAUCACACGGCCUGCCAUUUGGAGCCUCUGCGCUGCACCCCCUCACCUGGACCCUCAGCCCUGCAGGCCUACAAAAGGAACUCAGUGCCAUUUGCAGCACCGGCACACAAAAACUAUCCAACGCUACAGCCCUGCUUGCCUCUGGAGCACCUCAGGCAGAGGAGCCUGGAGCCAGGAGGAGUCAGCUGCACUGCCAGCGUCCUGACUAGCCUCAAUAUCCCCCCCAAUCCCAUCAACACCUCUCAGUGUCUGCUGGACACACAAGGACCUGCAGGGAAGAUCCCACGCAAGUUCUCCAAUGCCAACUGCAGCGGCACAAACUUGGAUGCUACUUUGGCUUUUGACCCUGAGACCUGCCCUUAUUGUACUAAAGCAGCAGGUAAUGACUCAGAGGGAACAGAAGCGAAUGAGACUGCAGAUUCAGACAGCGAGGGUGUGUAUGAAUUCACCCAGGAUGCCCACUAUCGGGAUAACAGAGACCCCAAAAGAAAGAAGAAGUUUAAGCUAGGGGCUCGAGCAGCGAAGGUGGUGCACUUUUGGAGACUGGUGUGCGACACAUUUCGUAAGAUCGUGGACAGCAAGUACUUUGGACGAGGAAUCAUGAUCGCCAUCCUCAUCAACACACUCAGCAUGGGCAUCGAGUACCACGAGCAGCCUGAUGAGUUAACCAAUGCCCUGGAGAUCAGCAAUAUCGUCUUCACCAGCCUGUUUGCCCUGGAGAUGCUCCUGAAACUGUUGGUGUACGGCCCUUUCGGCUACAUCAAGAACCCUUACAACAUUUUCGAUGGCAUUAUUGUGGUAAUCAGUGUUUGGGAGAUUGUGGGUCAGCAGGGUGGUGGUUUGUCAGUGCUGAGGACCUUCAGGCUGAUGCGGGUGCUGAAGCUGGUGCGCUUCAUGCCCGCUCUCCAGAGGCAGCUGGUGGUGCUGAUGAAGACUAUGGACAACGUAGCCACUUUCUGCAUGCUCCUCAUGCUCUUCAUCUUCAUCUUCAGUAUUUUGGGCAUGCACCUCUUUGGAUGUAAGUUUGGUUCUGAGAGAGAUGGUGACACAAUGCCGGAUCGCAAGAAUUUCGACUCUUUGCUCUGGGCCAUUGUCACAGUGUUUCAGAUUCUUACUCAGGAGGACUGGAAUAAGGUGCUGUAUAAUGGCAUGGCCUCCACUUCUCCUGUGGCUGCUCUAUAUUUCAUCGCCCUAAUGACCUUCGGAAACUACGUCCUGUUCAACUUACUAGUGGCUAUCUUAGUGGAGGGCUUCCAGACUGAGGGGGAUGCCUCAAAGUCGGACUCAGAAGCAGACUUCUAUGCGCGGAGCAUCGAUGACGUGCGUGGAAGCAAAAAAGACGUGUCAGCUUCUUCAGUCGUGCCCAUCAAUGGUCAUGUGGAUCUGAAGGCCAGCCUCACGCCGCCUCUUAUCACACACACUGCUGCCACACCAAUGCCUGUCCCUAAGAUCUCAGGAGGAGGGAUCCCCACUUUGGGCCACGAGUCCCGCAGGGGCAGCAAUGUGUCCAUGGACCCCAGCUGCCAUGAAAAGUCUCCGUCAAGUGCACGUAGUUCUCCUCACGCCCCCUGGAGCUCAGGCAGCAGCUGGAACAGCCGGCGUUCCAGCUGGAACAGUCUGGGCCGAGCCCCCAGCCUGAAGAGGCAGAAACGGCAGUCUGGCGAGCGCCGCUCCCUGCUCUCCGGAGAUGGCCAGUCCAGCUCGGACGAGGAUGGGGGCAGAGGGGGUGGAGGGGCCUCAGAGGGGGAUGAUGCCUCCCUGUCCAGGACAGACUCUUUUGGCCAAAGGCCCCGGCACAGGCGCAUGGAGUCUUUAGAGACGCGCAGUUCCUUUGACCUGCCGCCGGACACUCUGCAGGUGCCCUACCUGCAUCGGUCCGCCAGCAUCCACAGCACACGCCCACCCAACCUGCUCAGCAAUGGCAAGAGCUCACCCACUGGUGCCACCACCCAGUUGUCACUGGACGAUCACCAUAGCGAGGACGACAAUGGUGACGAUGAAGGAAACCUGAGUCGGCGAGCGCGACUGUACCGCUGGUUCGAGCGGAAGCAGCCUGAAUGGUGCAGACAGAGGAGCACCUGGUCUUUGUACCUGUUUCCUCCAGAGUCCAGAUUUCGUGUGACCUGCAAUAAGAUCAUCAAGCACAAGAUGUUUGACCAUGUCGUCCUUGUCAUCAUCUUCCUCAACUGCAUCACAAUUGCUAUGGAGAGGCCCAAGAUUGAUGCCAAAAGUGCUGAGCGCAUCUUCCUGACGCUGUCCAACUACAUCUUCACCGCCAUCUUUGUGACUGAAAUGACAAUAAAGGUGGUGGCCCUGGGAUGGUGUUUCGGGGAAAAAACCUACCUGAAGAGCAGCUGGAAUGUUCUGGAUGGUAUGCUGGUGAUGAUCUCGGUCAUUGACAUCCUGGUGUCCAUGAUCUCCAACAGCGGCACAAAAAUCUUGGGAAUGCUGCGAGUACUGAGACUGUUGAGGACCCUGCGGCCCCUCAGGGUGAUAAGCAGGGCUCCAGGGCUCAAAUUGGUGGUUGAAACUCUAAUGUCGUCCCUCAAGCCAAUCGGAAACAUUGUGGUCAUCUGCUGUGCUUUCUUCAUCAUCUUCGGCAUACUCGGGGUACAGCUGUUCAAAGGAAAGUUCUAUGUGUGCCACGGGGAGGACACAAGGAAUAUAACCAACAAAUCUGACUGUGAGCUUGCUAAAUACAAGUGGGUCAGGCAUAAGUACAACUUCGACAACCUGGGGCAGGCCCUGAUGUCUCUUUUUGUACUGGCUUCCAAAGAUGGCUGGGUGGACAUUAUGUAUGACGGACUGGAUGCUGUAGGGGUUGAUCAACAGCCUAUUAUGAACUACAACCCUUGGAUGCUGCUCUAUUUCAUCUCUUUCCUCUUGAUCGUGGCUUUCUUCGUGCUCAACAUGUUUGUGGGUGUGGUGGUGGAGAACUUCCACAAGUGUCGGCGACACCAGGAAGCGGAGGAGGCCAAGCGUCGCGAGGAGAAGCGCCUGAAAAGGAUGGAGAAAAAGAGAAGGAAUAUAUUGCUGACGGGUGUCAGUUGGCCCGGUCCUGAAGGCGGAGUGACAGAAGCUCAGAGUAAGCCAUACUACUCGGACUACUCCCCAACUCGACGUCUCAUCCACAAGAUGUGCACCAGCCACUACCUGGACCUCUUCAUCACCAUCGUCAUCGGCCUCAACGUCAUCACCAUGUCCAUGGAGCACUACCAGCAGCCCCGGGUGCUUGAUGAAGCACUGAAAAUCUGCAACUACAUUUUCACAAUCAUCUUCGUGCUGGAGUCUGUUUUCAAACUUGUGGCAUUUGGAUUCCGCCGUUUCUUCAAAGACAGGUGGAACCAGUUGGAUCUAGCCAUUGUUCUGCUGUCCAUCAUGGGAAUAACUCUGGAGGAGAUAGAAGUCAACGCCUCGCUGCCUAUCAACCCCACCAUCAUCCGCAUCAUGAGAGUGCUGCGUAUUGCCCGUGUGCUGAAGCUCCUGAAGAUGGCGGUGGGAAUGCGUGCUCUGCUGGACACGGUCAUUCAGGCCCUGCCUCAGGUGGGGAAUCUGGGUCUUCUCUUCAUGCUUCUCUUCUUUAUCUUCGCAGCGCUGGGAGUAGAGCUGUUUGGUGACCUGAUAUGUGAUGAGAUGCACCCUUGUGAAGGCCUUGGCCGUUACGCCACUUUCAGAAACUUUGGCAUGGCCUUUCUCCUGCUGUUUCGUGUGUCCACUGGGGACAACUGGAACGGCAUUAUGAAGGACACCCUGCGAGACUGUGCUCAAGACACUGGAACCUGCUACAACACAGUGGUGUCUCCCAUCUACUUUGUGUCCUUUGUGCUGAUGGCUCAGUUCGUGCUGGUCAACGUAGUCAUCGCCGUCCUCAUGAAACACUUAGAGGAAAGCAACAAAGAGGCCAAAGAGGAGGCAGAUAUGGAGGCAGAGCUGGAGCUGGAGGCAGUAGGGGGAGAUGGGGGGAGGACAACUGGGGGACAUAUCUCACCUCUGGCCACUGGGGACAUGGGUGGGUCUGGAGGGUCUCCCUGGGUUUCUAGAGGCUCUCAGGACAGAGGUUACCCCACUGAUGGUUACUCCACUGACAGCCCGCCAGCAGACAUACGCAGAGACUCAACAGCACACGUUAAGGCUGACCCCCCUCAGAGUCUGGAGCCACCAUUAGAGCGGAGGCCCAUGUUUGACUCGGUAUCCCUGGUGAUCCAGGGCUCGCUGGAAGGAGAGCUCAGCCUAAUGGACAACCUGUCCGGCUCCAUCUGCCACUACUACGCUCUGCCCCCUCUCCCCAGCAAGCACAGCACUGAGAAACAGACCGCAGAUCCUUCAGAACCUGUGGAGCCCAUUCAGCCGCAUGAACCUCUGGAGGAGCACCUGCUGUGUGUAAAGAAGACAUCAGUGGGGCGUACCCACUCCUUACCCAACGACAGCUACAUGUUCCUGCCCCUACAGCCUACCGCCACCUCUACAACCCUCACAACCUCAGCUCAGCAGGCCCAGUCAGGUUCGAGCGGCUCUGUUCAGUCUCACGCAGAAGAGCCUUCACAGAACCUGACCGUGCCCACGGAGCUCUUCCGACCCAUCAGCCCCCACAGCCUGUCUGAUUCUGAGAGUAUCCCCCGCAUCCCUCCCCCUCGCCGGCACACCCUCUCCCGCACUCUGCGCAGACAGGUGGCAGUGAGUGCUGACUCUCAGGAGGCUCUGUACACAGAAGGUGUUGAGAGUGAGGGGUCUGCCGAACUCUCCGCUCCUCCUGCUACUUGCCCGGCUCCUCUGCAGAAGCAGCAGCAGCAGCAUCGGCCCUCUCUCCUCCUGGUCCCCGCCACGCCGGGUGCUUCUCCGAAAGCGGCACGCUCCAGCGUGCACACGCAGCACAACCCCCAUGACCAAUACAGUGUCUCCUCCAGACGCCCUCGCUCCCCUCCACCGCCGCCUCUUCCCACGGGUGCUAUGCCUUCUGCUAAGCAGCAAGAGGAGGAGGACUCGGUGGAUCAGGAGGUGUCGCACAUCAUCAGAACAGGGUUCACAGGUGGUAGUGACAAGGAUCUUGUAGGAGGUCUUGUAGGAGUUCUUGGAGAAGGGUUUGGAGGAAGGCUUGGAGGUGGGCUCGGAUUAGGUCUCGGAGGGUUGCCAGCGGAAGCCCGUGGCCCAUGCCUGCGGCAGUUGAAGAAGUAUCACAGCGCAGACGCUCAAGGCCACCGGCUUCCUCUGCUGCCCCGGCCCUCCUCCUGGCUGGACGACCCACGGCGCCACUCCAUUGAGGUUUGCUCUUCGGUGGAGAGCAGCCCUCAGCGUAGCUCCACCUCCUCUGGCUUUGUGUCACGUGACGACAGUCUGCAGACCUCCCAGCCCUCGCCCCGCGCACGCAAGAAGAAGAUGAGUCCACCAUGCAUCUCAGUGGACCCCCCAGAAGGGCCGGAGGUUCCAGGGUGCUUCCGGUCAGUGCUGGGCAUGGGCAUGGUGGCUCCACCCCCUCUGCCCAGUAGGGACACCUGCCUGAGGAGGCGAGCCCCCUCCAGUGACUCCAAGGACUCUUUUGAUCUGGGUGGAGGAGGAGGAGGAGGAGACGGGCUGCCACAAGAGGGGGUUCCCAACCCCAAGCUGUUGACUCUGCCCAACUUCUCCUUUGAGAAGUCAAGUUCUGAGCACUGAACGUUUUGCGCACGCGCACACACAACAAAAAACAUACGCUACACACAUAGAUGCACAUGAAUAAACACAAGAUGCACUCUGUGUAUCCACGACAGUGAUAGUCAUAGUAAUAAUACCAUAGAGAGUAAUAAUGCUAACUGCAGCUGAUGAGUACUCCAUGACUUCAUAAGGAAUAGUGACCAUCCCUUGUCUUUGUUCUGUACUGCCAAAAAGAAAACAACACUGUACUGAGGACAAACCAAGCUAAUAACAGAACUGUCUCUCUUCCAUGAUGCUGGCAGACGUUUGCUGGCAGUCCUAUGACCUCCCGUUCGGAAGUUCUGUACCGGGCCCCAGUCCGGGGAGCCCCCUUCUGGCUGUUUUGGUGACUUUAUCGCACUGUAUGGUGGAGCUCACUCUCCAGCAGUGGUGAAGGUACAAAGCAAUAUGAACGUUUUAGAGACACUAUUUUCUUAAAUUAUUGGGCCAUAGUGUUUGUACAGGAUGUAGAUUUUUUUUUUUAAAUUUCAUUCUAUUUUUAUUUGUGUCCUUUUGUGACUUUUCAAUGUUUAAAAUCGUUUGUCGUUUUUGCUUUAUUUUUUCACCAUAGGAUAUUUUUAGCUUUCUUGUUUUAACAAAGGAAAAAAAAAAAAGAAAGAAAGAAAGAAAACAUUUUUCAAAGUGCCGAGAUCCAUGUAUUUGUAGUAAUAAUAAUAUAUAUAUAAAAGAACUCAUUAAACUGCUCUUUGAUUUUUAAACUCAAGUCAACAGUCAAAGUGAAUUAAAUAAUGUGUUUUUUGACGUAACUGAAACUGCCAGCACAGCAUGUCCUCAUUACCAGCCUAUUCAGUGUCUAGGUGGCAUCAAA